AUGGACCCGCCGGCCAAGGAGGGGCCGCUCUUCGUGCAGCAGAGCCACAAGUUCGGGCAGAAGCGAUGGAAGAAGAACUGGUUCGUGCUGUACCCGGCGAGCCAGCACGGCGUGGCCCGCCUCGAGUUCUUCGAGUGCAAGGAGCCGUGCGCGCCGCCCGAGCGCCUGGGCACCAAGCGGCUCGACAAGAAGAUCGUGCGCCUGGCUGACUGCAUCAGCGUGGCCCCCGCCGCCGAGAGCGGCCCCCGCCACGGCACCGCCGCCUUCUGCCUCGAGACCAGUGAGCGCAGCUACCUUUUCGCGGCCGACGAGCAGCAGAGCCAGGAGUGGGUGGCCAAGCUCUGCGAGAUCGCCUUCCCGGGGAACGGCCCCAGCAAUGCCAGCACGGCCGCCCGGCGCGGCAGGGCGGGCGGCGGGGAAGCGCCGGCCCUGGAGAUGGCCGUGAACUCCAUCUACUACUCGCGGGAUGAAGCAAACGUGUUCUGGGUGACAGUGCAGCGGACGGAGGCGGCAGAGCGCUGCGAGCUGCGGGGCACCUACGUGCUCAAGGCCGAGCGGGACAGCCUCGUCCUGAAGGACCCGCAGAGUAAGGAGACCCUCUACGUCUGGCCCUACCGGCUGCUGCGGAGAUACGGCCGAGACAAGGUGAUGUUCUCCUUCGAAGCUGGCAGGCGCUGUGAUUCUGGCCCAGGGAACUUCACCUUUGAGACCAAGCAGGGCAAUGAGAUCUUCCGCCUGGUGGAAGCCUCCAUCCGGGAGCAGAAGGCGCAGGUGGAGGAGAAGCGGCAGAGCUGUGACUCGCUGGAGGCGGAUGGCGCCGGCCUGCUGCUGAUCCGCCAGGCGCUGGCCGACUCCCUGAGCCUGGAGAUGCCUGCAGAGGGGGACAGCGCUGCGGUCCCCAAGGCGGGGCCCCCCGCCAGGCCCAGCGCCGCGGCAGAGGAGAGAGACGCUGCGUCUGUGCUCAAGAGCCGGACUCUUCCGGAGCCCCCCGUGCCGCAAGCCAAGCCUGUGGUCCCGAGCACACCCCCGCGCUCCCCUAUGCCCAAAGUGCCCCGAGCCGUGCUGCCAGCUGAGGACCUGUCCAGUGUGUACUCGGAGCCCCUGGACUCGGUGAAGGCCCCUCGGUGCCGCCUGGACCCGCUCUACUCGGACCCCAUAGACAGCAAGGCCGGGAGCAAGGCUAAGGCGCCCGGCGCGGCCCUGGAGGAGGCCAAGCUGCGGGUGCCGCUCUACUCCGCCAUGUACGAGCAGGUGCAGGCGGACGGCGGGAGCCCGGCGCCGCGGCCGCCCACGCGCAAGGAGCCCAUCUACGAUGAGCCCGAGGGCUGCGCCCCGCGCUCUCUGUCCCCUUCCAUGUGCAUCUAUGAUGAAGCACGGCCCACAGAUGAGGCCUGGCGUACCCAGGGCCAUGAGGGCAGGGAUGGCUACGAGUAUCCCUACAACCCCAGCACGGAUGACUAUUCAGUACCUGCCUUCAAGGCCAAGGGCCCCAAGCCAGUGCCUGCCCCCAAGCCCCAGGCAACGUUUAUCCCUAAAGCUGCCGAGAGAAGCAUGGACCCAGCCAGAAGACGGGUAACCCCUGCUCCUGAGAAGAUGGUCAUCAAGCCCAGCCUUAAUAGCAGCAACAAUAACAACGUGGAGGUGCUGUACAGCCAGGUGGUGAAGCCCCAGCACAUGCAGAAGAAGGAGCAGUCUGUGGAUGAAAUCAGCUUGUCGCCCGUCUACGAGGACCUGGGAGAGAUAUAAUGCGCUGCCACUGUGCCUGCCAGGGGAGCACGGUGGGGCGCAGAGCCACUGAUGAGCAGUGUGGGUUUCUGACCCACAUGGCUCCUGCACGUGGCCUUGGCCUUGGGGACUGGCCUGGGGGAGGCAGCGCCCCUGCAGCCUGUCAGUGCUGGGGGUCUUUGCACAGCUGAGGGCAGGAGCCGGGGCUGAUGCAGGUCCAGGGUGCUUCCCUGGCCAUGGAGGUGGGUCCACAGCCACCUCCUGGCUCUGCAGGAGGACAGCGCUGCAUCUUUCCACAUCGGCUGCUGUGGGUCCGGAACCUCUGGCUCUGCUUUGGCUGCCUGUCCAGCCCGAAUGCAAGACUGGAUGCCUGUUUCUUGCAUGGCCUGCUCUAUACGGAGGAUUUCUCGCCAUCACCAUCUCCCAACAUAUUUUUAUACAAAAUUAUUUUGAUAUUAUAUCUAAGUGCCUUGGAAUGAGACGUUUGCCUGUGG